AUGGCAGGAGAAGAGUUGCCAGCAAAUCUAGCUAAUAACAAUGUUCCUGCUGCUGCGGUUCAAGUUCAACCAGAGGGCCAACUUCAACCAGUGAUCGAAAAUCAAGGUGAACAAGAACAACAACCUUAUGAACGAAAAAAGCGGAAGAAGACUUCAAAAGCAUGGGAGGAUUUCAAAGAAGUUGUUGUGGCAGGCGUGAGCAAGCUAGAGUGUUGCCAUUGCAAAACCAGAUUACAUAAAAACCCAUCAGGUUGUACGAGUCAUUUCUUGAGGCAUAUACAAAGAUGUACAAGGAAGCCUAAAUCUGAUGGGAAGGAACAGCAACAUCUAAGCUUGGAAACUAAUGAUAGUGUUCUUGCUGUCCAGAACUUCAAAGAUGAUCAUGCUAAGCUUUUCCAUGAGUUUGUUGAGGAUUUCAGAGCUAGAAAUGUUGCAUCAGCUGCAAGUGAUGUUCAAACAGCUCCCUCUGCUUGUACAUCAACUGGAAAUUCUAAGAAAAGAAGUGGAAGGGCAAGGUUUGAUUCCAUGGUUCAAAAUGUUAACUUUGCUUCUACGAUGAAAUCUGAACUUGAUAUUUAUCUUGAGGAAGGUCUUUAUGUGCACACCGAGGAGUCUAUGUUUGACAUCAUUGGGUGGUGGAAAGAGCAAAGGAUAAGAUUCAAGGUUUUAUCAAGGAUGGCAUGCGAUAUUAUGGCAAUUCCUGUUACAUUAGUAGCCUCUGAAGCUACCUUUAGUGCUGGAGGAAGGGUGAUUGAUCCUCAACGAGCAUCCUUGGGACAAGAGACAGUUGAGGCUCCUAUCAUGGUCUAA